AUAUUAUUUUCCGGGGGGGGCGGGGGGAUCCGAAAGAGAAAGAAGCUGAGCGUCGGCACCAAACUAACUUCUUGACAAUUUCGGCCGACUUUUCGUCAAACGCGCUCUUUCCGGUGGAUCCGCAUCGUGUCAUACGACUCUGGUAUCCGGGAAUGGCCACCGAUCACGUCAACGGGAACGGGACGGAGGAACCGAUGGACACGACGACAGCAGCCGCCUCCCGCUCGGAACACUUCCAGGCCUUACUGGAUGCCGACUUGCCUCAGAAAGUGGCCGAGAAGUUGGACGAGCUCUACAUCGCAGGUGAAGGAACUCCGAGGCACGCGUGCAAAAGACAGCAGCCGCUGGCCACGUUGGUCCAGUGAGAGAAGCUUCACGCCGGGUCGUCCUUAUUGUCCUCCUUCAGGUCUGGUGGCACACAGCGACCUGGACGAAAGAGCCAUCGAAGCUCUGAAGGAGUUCAACGAGGAGGGAGCCCUGCAGGUCCUGCUCCAGUUUAAAGAGAGCGACCUGUCUCACGUUCAGAACAAAAGUGCCUAUCUGUGCGGAGUGAUGAAGACGUACAGGCAGCGUGAGAAGCAAGGGGCCAAGGUCGCCGAUGCCACCAAAGGACCCGACGAGGCCAAAAUCAAAGAGCUCUUGGCCAGAACCCACUACACUCUGGAUGUAACAACGGGCCAGCGGAAGUAUGGCGGACCGCCGCCCGAGUCGGUGUACACGGGGCUUCAACCCACCGUGGGAACAGAGAUAUUUGUGGGCAAGAUCCCCCGCGACCUGUUUGAAGAUGAGCUGGUUCCUCACUUUGAGGAGGCGGGGCCUAUUUGGGACCUCCGCCUCAUGAUGGACCCUCUGAGCGGCUUGAACAGAGGAUACGCCUUUGUCACCUUCUGCACCAAGGAGGCUGCGCAGGAGGCCGUCAGGCUGUGCAACAAUUGCGAGAUCCGACCGGGCAAGCACAUCGGCGUGUGUAUAUCGGUGGCCAACAACCGUCUGUUCGUGGGCUCCAUCCCCAAAAGCAAAACCAAGGAGCAAAUCGAGGAGGAGUUCUCCAAGGUCACAGAGGGCCUCAGUGACGUCAUCCUCUACCAUCAGCCUGACGACAAGAAGAAGAACAGAGGCUUCUGCUUCCUGGAGUACGAAGACCACAAAACAGCUGCUCAGGCGCGACGGCGCCUGAUGAGCGGCAAGGUAAAGGUUUGGAACAACGUGGUGACGGUGGAGUGGGCCGACCCCAUCGAGGACCCGGACCCCGAGGUCAUGGCCAAGGUCAAAGUGUUGUUUGUGCGCAAUCUGGCCAACAGCGUCACCGAAGAGAUCCUGGAGAGCAGCUUCAGUCAGUUUGGGAAAGUUGAUCGAGUGAAGAAGCUCAAAGAUUACGCUUUUGUUCACUUUGAAGAGCGCGACGGCGCCGUCAAGGCGCUGGCUGAAAUGAAUGGCAAGGAGCUGGAAGGAGAGCCUGUGGAAAUAGUCUUUGCCAAGCCGCCGGAUCAGAAAAGGAAAGAACGCAAAGCUCAGCGACAGGUGGCCAAGACACAAAUGUAUGACGACUAUUACUAUUAUUCCCCCCCGCAUCACAUGCCGCCUCCCGGUAGAGGGAGGGGCAGAGGCGGCGGCGGCAGACGGGGUGUUGCCAGCUACUCGUACACGCCCGACUACUACGGCUAUGAGGACUACUACGACUACUACGGCUACGACUACGACUACCACAAGUACCGCGGCGGCGGCGGCUAUGACGACCCCUACUACGGCUACGAUGAGUUCCAGGCACCUGCCCGCGGCCGCGGCAGGGGUGCCAGGGGCGGAGCCUCUCCAGGUCGAGGGCGCGGCGGCGAAGCCGGCCCUUCCCGAGGCAGCUUCUCUCAGCGUGGCGGGCCGGGACCCGGACCGGCGCACGGAGGGCGCGGCGCCAGAGGUUCCGCGCAGCCGCGAGGGCGAGGAGGGGUACGUGGUACGCGGGGCGUCCGCGGUGCAAAUGUAGGAGGAGCGAAACGCAAAGCCGACGGGUACAACCAACCCGAUUCCAAGCGGCGCCAGACCAAUAGUCACAACUGGGGCUCCCAGCCCAUCGCUCAGCAACCGCUCCAAGGCGACGACCACUCGAGCUAUUCCGCCUACCAAUCUGACAACCAGGAAUUUUAUCAAGAUUCUUUCGGGCAGCAGUGGAAGUAGACUUAAGUUAGGCUUUUCUUUGGCUUUCUUCUCCUCCUUAGAGACUCGAUCGAUCCCAUUGGCUCCAAAUUGGUGACGUCUGGCAAGAGAUCUUUUUGUACAUAUUUUAAUAUUCCACAGUAGUCACACUCUGUGUGGUGUGUUUUUUUUUCCCCUUCCUUUUUAAAUGCUUCCUUUUAGCUUCUAGCCUUUGUCUGUUUUUACAGCCUCUGCUUGCCAUGUUUAACUGAAAACACAAUUUGUACUGUCACAAAGUAAUGCUUGUUAUUGGAGAGGAAGAAUCCGCCGUCACUUUUGGCUUGUAUUCUUUGCUGUUGUCUGCUUUAAUAAACGUGCACACACACGUGCGCAAAACCAACCGUUGUGUUGCCAAUUCCUCCAAUUGAACCAAAUUCUCUGUUCAAAUUGCCCGCCCGCCAGCCAUGGUACCAGUGGUGUCCCCUCGCAUGCAGUCCAACCAAAUCACCCCCAGGUGCUCAUCGUCACGUCUGGUCCGAUCCCACGCGGUCGCCGCUUCAAUGUUGCACGUUUGUUUGCAUGCCUGACCUGUUGUCCGCUUGAGCUGCGUGCCGUGCGCCCUUUCCUUGUCUAAUUGCAUCUUCUUGUCACGACUAGCAGGGGCAAGGCGUCUGGGCCGAUCCUGAUGCGUCGCCGUGACGACAGCUCUGCCGCCACCCCCAAAGGCCGCCCGGCGUGGUAAGGUCACGUGACUGACUCACUGCUCCAGUGCUGAGACUUCUCGAUUGGUCCAUCCCGUGACAUAUGUGACUGACGUCCUCAGAGUAGAAAGCUACCUCACGUGCUCUUCCAGCUCAUUUGUUCUUCCGGACCACUCGAGUGCUCCGUCACGGCCUUGCAGGCUGAAGGAGCCGCUGAAUACGAUGGACAAGUGGAGCUUGUGGUUUCGUUUGCGCUCGCUCGCUCUCAGGACCGACUCGCGUUGCUUUUGCGUAUGAUGAGCCAUCGCCUCCGGAUUUGUUUUAUUUGACUGUUUGCCUGUCCAUUUUUUCAAGCCAUCAAUCGGAUGUCAAUCACCAGCCUUUAUCUGCAUUUGAGUGGCAUACCGGGGAAUUUUAUUUGAAAAGUGCCAAAAAGUGCAGGUGA